AUGGAAGCAAAUGCUCAAGAUCACAGCAGCGCACCAACAUACGAAGACGAAAAGGCCUCCUACCAAGAGUACCUCUCCACUGCUGGCACCGGUCGGCACGGUAGGCAGGAAGAACUCAGAACCACACCUUUAUUCUCACUGGCAGUUAAGCACACUAUCGAUGGCAAUCUUGGGCAUGGUGUUACCGCUCGACGCCGCAGCAGCAGCACUACAGGCUCAGAUGACUUUCGAGAUGCGUCUGAUGAGCCAAGCGACAUCGAGGUCCAAGCCGCCCCAGAGUGCCCCAACCAACCCCACGAUGAGAGCGAGUCCAUUGAUGAUCCGCAACCUCCAGUUCUACCACAGUAUGCUCUCAUAGGACACCACGUUGGAGAAGACGCGACCAUCGGCAAGAACGAGCCUAUCCUUCUCAAUGUCAACGCACCCAGCUCAACCUUCAUCUGCGGAUCACAAGGCUCAGGCAAAAGCUAUACCCUCGCUUCAAUGCUUGAAAACGUCCUCCUCCCGACUACAAAGUUGGGCAAAGUGACUGAGCCAGUCGCCGGCGUCGUCUUUCACUACGAUGUCGAUUCUACCAACUCCAUAGCUGAAGCCGCCUACCUCUGCUCCCGCGGUAUCAAAGUCAACGUCUUCGUCUCUCAGAGUAACGCUACAGCUUUGACCAAAGCGUACAAAGCCAUUGAUAAGGACGGCAACAUCACGGUCCAGCCGCUGUUGCUUCGCUCUUCCGACCUCAGCAUUGAGCGCAUGCAUAAGCUCAUGGCCGUUGCGAACAAGGAAGGCCCGAUGCCGUUGUAUAUGGAGGUCGUGCAGCGGAUUCUGCGAGAGAUGGCGAUCAGUGACACGUUCAGCUACGCCAACUUCAAGGCCAAGCUGGAUGCAGAGAAGCUUACCAAAGAUCAGACUGGACCAAUGAGUCUCCGCCUGGGUCUGCUGGAGAGCUUCAUGGCGGUUCAAGACAGGGGCGAACUCCCUAGCCGACAGCAUACUAACCACCCAAAGCAGAGCCUAUUCGACCUCAGCCCAGGUACGCUCACCAUCAUCGAUCUCAGCGACACCUUCAUCGACUCCUCCACAGUCUGCAUCCUCUUCGACGUAUGUCUCGGCCUGAUCAAAGAGCAGCGUCCACCAUCCGGCCUAGUCAUCUCCCUAGAUGAAGCACACAAAUACAUGAACAAAACAGCCGCCGCAGACACCUUCACCGAGCGCCUCCUCACAACCAUCCGUGAACAGAGACACAAUGCCGCCAGAGUCAUCAUCGCCACCCAGGAACCUACCAUAUCGGAGCGACUCCUGGAUCUCUGCUCGAUUAGUAUCGUCCACCGCUUCACAUCUCCAGCGUGGUUCCUGUCCAUUAAGGAUCAUCUCAGCGGGGCCUCGAAGUUGGUGACGUCGUCAGAGGAGCAGCAUGCUAUGUUUGAGAGGAUUGUGGAUCUUCAUGUUGGGGAGUGUCUGGUGUUUUCGCCGUCUUCGUUUGUGCGGAUGGAGGAUGGGAAGGUGAAGAAGUUGGGGGCUGUGGCUAUGAAGAUGAAGUCUAGGAAGAGGCUUGGGGAGGAUGGGGGGAUGAGUGUACUUGCGUCUGGAUAG